AUGGCAACUUUGCAGAGAACACAAGUCGCAGACAAUGACGCUUCCACAGCUGGCUUCCGCAUCGGUGUCGAUGUUGGAGGCACCAAUACUGACGGCGUCAUCAUUGACCCCUCGCAGCUCCAGUCUGAUAACCGUGGAAUUGUUGCUUGGCACAAGGCCCCAACCACUCAGGAGCCGAGCCAUGGUAUAGACGAGGCCAUCAGGGCCAUGUUCCAGUCGGCAAAUAUUCAACCCUCGUCAGUAGCCAGCGUCACAAUCGGAACUACCCACUUUGUCAAUGCCGUUAUUGAGCGCGAUGCGUCUCGCCUUUCCCAAGUCGCCGUUCUCCGCCUCUGUGAUUUGAUUAUUGGCCAUUAUGCACUCGUUAAAGGUGGCCUGGAGAUUGAUGGUAGCUUAAUCUCUGACAUUUCCGAGACCGAGAUUGAGGAACAGGGUCGUAUCAUCAAAGAGAAAGGCAUCAAUGCUGUCGUUGUAAAUGGCGUCUUCAGUCCCAUUGACACGGUCGAGAAGCAAGAAGAGCGGGCAGCCGAGAUUAUUCGCCGAAUAGUCCCUGGGUGUGAUGUCGUCUGCUCCAAGGAAAUUGCGAAUUUGGGCUUCCUUGAGCGCGAGAAUGCCGCUAUACUCAAUGCCUCCAUUCUGCGGUUUGCCAGACACACAAUCAGGGCUUUCCAGAAGCCUGUCAAGGAACUUGGGAUGAUUUGCCCUGUUUUUAUUACUCAAAAUGAUGGAACGGUCUUGUCAGGACAGGAAGCUGCUCGCUUACCCAUUCGCACAUUUUCCAGCGGCCCGGCAAAUAGUAUGCGAGGAGCCGCAUUCUUGGCCCAGGGUCAACUUGAGGAGGCAGCAAUGGUCGUCGACAUUGGCGGCACCACUACGGAUGCUGGACUUUUGCAGACGAAUGGAUUCCCUCGACAGCAAGCAGCCUACAGUGAACUUGCCGGAAUCCGAAUGAAUUUUGCCUGUCCUGAUAUCAAGAGCAUCGGCUUGGGCGGGGGUUCAAUCGUCCGCCAAGGCAGCGCAGUCUCCGUGGGGCCGGAUAGUGUCGGAUACAACUUGAAAAGGGAUUCGAUUGUAUUUGGCGGCAGCACGUUAACCACAACAGAUUGUACAGUCAUGUCAAAUGAAAAGUUGGAGCUCGGAGACCGCAAUCUGGUUGCAAGCGUAGUCUCCUCGACCGAGCUUGAGAUAAUUCAAAGUAACAUCAAAGACAAACUGGAGCGUGUUAUUGACAAGAUGAAGACCUCCCCAGAAGACGUUCCAGUUUUCUUGGUCGGCGGAGGCGCCAUCAUCGCGCCCGACUCUCUAGUUGGUGCUAGCAAGGUCAUCAAGCCGCGGUGGGCAGGAGUUGCCAAUGCCAUCGGCGCGGCAAUGGCUCGCGUGAGCGCCGUUAUAGACGUUGUCAAGUCGACAGAAACCAAGUCGGCAACUCAAUGGCUCAAAGAAAUCGGAGAAGACGUCAUCCGCAAGACAGUCGCAGCUGGCGCCUCCACCGAGUCCGCUACGGUCGUUGAACAGGAAUCGUUCCCGUUACCGUACAUCGAUCACAAAGCACGCUUCAUCGUUAGGGCCGCUGGCGACUUUGACUUUUCCAAGGCCGCCACACUUAGUGUCGAGGAAGAUCCCGAAGAUGAAACCGACAGUGAUGUUUUCUCAGACAGGCAGCGUAGCGCACAUGUCCGGGAAAAGCGUGAAUCGACCACAGAAAUCAUUCUUUCGACCUAUAGGCCAAAAGUACGGGAUCGUAUUUGGUACAUUUCCGAAACCGACGUCGAUUGGAUCUCGAUUGGCUGCUACAUCCUGGGCACUGGCGGCGGCGGCUCUCCCUAUUCGAGCAUGAUUCGGCUCCGAGAAGACCUCCGACGAGGCGCCGUCGUCAAAGUAAUCAGCCCCAAAGAUCUGAAAGACGACGAUAGCGUCGGUGGCGGCGGCGGUGUGGGGAGCCCUACCGUCGGCAUCGAGAAGCUAGCUGGAAACGAGCUGCUGGAAGCCCAGGAGGAGCUCGCCAAGGUGUGCAGCAAGCGCAUCACGCAUGUCGUCUCGGUCGAGAUUGGAGGCAGCAACGGCUUGCAGAGCAUGAUUCUCGGCUCCACGACCAACAUGAACCUCCCCGCCAUCGACGGCGACUGGAUGGGCCGCGCAUACCCGACGCAGUGGCAGACCACCCCCGUCGUCUUCAACGAGCGAUCCCCCAUCUGGUCGCCGACGGCCAUGUCGGACGGCAACGGCAACGUGGUGGUCAUGUCGCGCACGACGUCCGACUUCAUGGUCGAAAAGGUCCUGCGCGCCGCGCUCAGCCAGAUGGGCUCGCACACGGCGACGGCGGACGCGCCCGUGACGGGCGCGGAGACGAAGCGCUGGGUCGUGGAGAAUACGAUAUCGCAGGCCUGGCGGAUCGGGAGGGGCGUGGUGCGCGCGCGACGGGAGAACCGCGUGGACAGCGUCGCCGAGGCCAUCAUUGACGAGUGCGGCGGGCCCAGCGCCGGACGCGUCCUGUUCAAGGGCAAGAUUGUCGGCGUCGAGCGCAUGCUGCGUGGAGGGUACGCUUAUGGCGAGUGCAUAAUCGAGGGUGCUGAUGUCAGGGUUGACGAAUCCCAUGCGAGAUCCAGUGGUGCAGGACCUGGUACUUUCCGCGGUCGCAUCAAGAUUCCGUUCAAGAAUGAAAACAUCGCGGUGUUGAGGCUGCGCGAAGGGGAUACGGAGGAGCGACAGGAAGAUGUGCUUGGCAUUGUGCCGGACCUCAUCACCGUCAUCGAUGCGCAAAACGGCGAGGCGAUUGGCACGCCAGAGUACAGGUACGGGCUGCUGGUAAUUGUCCUGGGGCUCGCCGCCAACGACAAAUGGACAAAAAACGAGCGCGGAAUCGAGCUCGGCGGACCGCCUGGAUUCGGCUUCCACCACCUCAAGUAUCAGCCGCUGGGAACCUUUACGGAACCCAUGAGCGUCGUUGACGAGUUUGACGAGACGCCUGCUAAGGACUUUCAUAGGGUUCAAUAG